UCAGCCACAUUUGUCUAGGGAGGUGGGGAUGCAUAGGGGAGGUCUUAAUAGUGUGUCCUAGGGUGGUGGUCAUUCAUUUCAGUCCAGACAGGUCUACCAUUCUGCUGAUUGGACAGUAGAUGGUACCCCAAAGCUCUGGAUGGUAUAGAGAUUCCCAGAGAACUCUGCAUGUGCUGCUUCAAGAGAAUGUGAAUAUGUGACAUUAUGGCAGCACACAGUAAUGAGGACCUACAUACCAUUUUAGCCUGACCUCAGAUAGAAGAGACUUCCCUUAUCAUUGAAACUCAGCAUGGCAGAAGGCUGAAGGCACCAGAACUUCAGCUGGGACAACUUCAAGGCAGACCCUUGGGAUACUUGAUAACUUCAGGAUGGGCUCUGUCUCCAACCAGGAAAUCACAGGAGGGCUUCCAAAAUCUUUGGAUGAAACAGCAGAUAUACACAAAAGUGAUGAAUCUCUGAUAUUUCAAGGAUCUGGAGUAUGCAAGUGGUUUAAUGUCCGAAUGGGUUUUGGAUUCCUAACUAUGACCAAGAAGGAGGGAACUGAUCUUGAGACCCCAGUGGAUGUUUUUGUUCAUCAGAGCAAGCUCCACAUGGAAGGCUUUCGCAGCUUAAAGGAAGGAGAAUCAGUGGAAUUCACCUUCAAGAAAUCCUCCAAGGGGUUGGAAUCGACUCGAGUGACAGGACCUGGUGGGGCUCCAUGCAUUGGAAGUGAAAGGAGACCCAAAGUAAAAGGGCAGCAAAAGAGAAGACAAAAGGGAGACAGGUGCUACAACUGUGGAGGUUUAGACCACCAUGCCAAGGAAUGCAAGCUUCCUCCUCAGCCCAAGAAAUGCCAUUUCUGCCAAAGCCCAAACCACAUGGUUGCCCAGUGUCCAGCGAAAGCCUCACAGGCUGCUAACUUAGAAGAACAGCCAAUCUCUGAGGAACAGGAGCUAAUUCCUGAAACUAUGGAGUAAUCUACACAAUCUCUCUACAUUACCUCAUCCCCUUCCCUGGCAGUAGAAAAUACCAAAAGCAUAAGCUUACAGCAGAGCAAAGCAUUAAUGUGUUUCAUUGCAGGAAUAAUAUUUCACCUGAAAGGGGUAUCUUUAACAACCAUAGGCCCAGUUAGUGUACUGGUGUUUUAUAACCUCUCUUUUAGAAAAUAUUUACCCAAUUUGCAAGCAAAGUAUUCUUUAAUCCACAAUAUGGCAUUUAUGCCAAAUGACUGAAACGUUGUUCAGUAUUGCCACCUAAACUGGCCUGAUCUUCGAUUGCAGCAAAAGAAUUGUAAUUAAUUAAUUCUUGAAAGGUUUUAGCAAAAAAUGUAAAGGGGUGGUUCAACUUUAGGUUAACUUUUAGUUUGUUAUAGAAUGGACUUUUUUAGCAACCUUUCAAUUGGUCUUCAUUUUUAGUUAUAGUUUUUAAAUGAAUGCCUUCUUUUGACUAUUUCCAGCUUUUAAAUGAGGGUCACUGACCCAAGCAGCCAAAAAACUAUUGCUUGUUGAGGCUUCCAUUUUAUUUUUAUUGUUACUUAUCUUUCUAUUUAGGUCCUCCUUUACUCAUAUCCCUGUCUCUUUGAAACUACUGCCUGGUUGCUAGGAUAACAAAAAGUUAAAUUGUAAAUUGUGUCAGAAUAGCACUCUCGACAUUAUACUAAAUGUUAACUACCCCUUUUCAAAUGGCAAUUGUAAAAAUAUAAAAAAGAAAACGUUUUGCACCUUAGACCUGCUAAGAUCCCUCAGAUGCUUUUCCAAGUUUUUAACCAUUUUUUUUAUUUGCGACCAUGGUGUUCAACUGUAACAAAACACUAUUGUGGGUUUUUCUCCAUUCCAAAUCUCAGUUUUUUUUUACUCAAAUGUUUUAACUUUUUUAAAUAUGCUAUGUGUUUUGUUGCUACAAUUGUUUUUCAAGAUUUUAUUAGUAAUUCUUGUUAAAAACAGUCAGUACAGGAUGCCAUUUGGGGAAAAUAGUACAAAUCUAGCUAAUGUCUGAUUGAAAAUGCUGGGCGCAUCUAUCAUGACAUCUUAAAAAUUACCCAUGACAGAAAAGGUGGUGAGCUUAUUAUUUUCUGAAAACACACGAUAGUAUAAAAACGUGGCGCUCAUUGGUUCUUAAAUCAGCCCCCAAGGGUGCUGCAAUUUUGACACUCCUGCUCUGAUGUCUCUACUUAAUCUUAUGCUGUGGUUUUGCCUUCUGCCAUCUUAACUACACAACGCACACUUUCUUAUUCUCCCCUAUAUAUUGGCCCCUUAUUUCAGAUUCUCUCUAUUUUUAUAUUUUGUAAUCUAUAUUUCUUUUAUUCGUUGAUGUGCAUGCUGGUUAAACAUUACUUUUACAAUGUUGUUUAUUUAAAACUUUUUUGGACAUACUGAUAUCUAUCUCCCCUCUUUACAGGCAAGUUUGUAACAUAUUUCUAUAUGCAGAACAUAAUUACUCAGAGCUACUUUGCCAUUCCUCUCUGAGUUUGUCUGCAAGGAUUUUUUUUUCCCUAAAGAGAGGAAAUAUAUGCUUGUUUGUCCACUGAAAUAAUUAACCUCUGUGCUGCCAUUAAACCAGGCAGGGAAGAGAUUAAUUAUAAAUUAGGUCAAGGGUGAGCAGUUCAGUCAUCAAGAACCACUAACAGCCCUGCGAUAUGAGCUUUCUGCAAUUGCAUGUUAGUUGCCAAAUAUUUUUAAUUCCAGUAUUAAGCAAAAUAUCUAGUUGUAGUUAGCCCUAAAAAUGUGGGCUGUGAAAGGCUUUUAAAAAUUUCUGCUGUAAACCCUAAUUUUGGACAAUCCUGUCAGAAAAGCAGGAGUUAAUUUAAUGGAAAAACUAUAGCUUAAGUACAUGUAUAAAAUAUAUAUAUGAAAGAAUGUUUGGUAGCCAUUUUACAAUAGGCUAACAUAGGAGGAAGUAAGUAGUUUGGUUCAAACAUUUGCUUUCCUGAGAACAUGUACAGGUUACAAAACUAUCUUUCCUAUGUUAAUUGUUUGUACUUUAACUACAGUUUACCUUAAUCAAGUUGUGGAGAGAUAUAUUUAAUGACGUAGCUGCAUAUCCUAAAUAUUAUUAAUAUUAUAAUUACUCCUUCACAAGCAUAUGUAGCAAGGUCUCAAUACACAUUAAGUUAGUGUUCACAUAUGUAGCCCUUUUUUUUUUAGAUUAACUGAACUAAUGUUAAAGAGUGUUAUAUAUUGCUGGAUAUGUAUAUCAUUUUAGCAGGAAAUAUAUAUAUAUGUAUUUAUAUUGUUUUAUAUAUGUAUAUUAAUCUGUACUGCAUAUAUAUAUAUAUAUAUAUAUAUAUAUAUAUAUAUAUAUAUAUAUAUAUACUGUGUUAUAGAACUAUGUAUAUUGGUAAAUCUAUAUAAAACAAUACCUAUUUAUAGUUACAAGAAGGGCUUAUAUUGCAAUACCGUGCACAACAUGUUGUUUGUGUAAGGAGAUAAUAUUUGGAAUGAUCAGCCACGCGUUAGGUGUAUAGAUCCUGCCCAGGUUUGCAGUGUUAUAUCAGGGUAAUGAAGAUAAUGAUGUCUAAUCAUUUUUGGAGAAACCAUCUGGCUACCAUAUUGCUGUCUUCUUCCUGUUUUUCUUAACCUCUAUCCUCUCAGUUCCCUCCACUUCCUUGAGUCAGAUUUAAAUCCACCAAGCAGAACACUUUGGAUGCUUGUGAUUGAUUGUUUUGUAGCUAAAUUACUAAAGUGGACCUUGCAAACAAAGGCCACCAGUUGCAAAAAUAGGCAAGUCUACUAAAUAACUUAGCAUCCUAAUUUACAUUUGCUUUUAAAGGUUUUUUAAAGUUCUUGUAAAGUUCUUAAUAGGGCUCAUUUAAGUCCGCAGACACAGUGAGCAAUUUGCACUUUCCCUGCAGCGAGUUGCAUCUAAAACCACUUUAAUUAAAGGUACCAAAGGCCCAAAUGCACCCUGCACACUUCAUAUAUUUGUACUUAGUGGAAAUCAGUCCCUCCUGCCUUCUGUUAUAAAAUGAGCGCUGCUGCACCUAUUGACAUAGGGCGCUAAACAAACCCUGGAGCCAUCAACUAUUAACCAGGUGGUAGUUCCAGGGUUCCCUCAGUACCCUGCAUCAAAAGAUGCAGUGCACUUGUCCCUUAGGGCUCUGGCACACAAGGUAGAUUAGUCGCCCGCGACAUAUCUCCCUUGUUGCGGGCGACUAAUUUCCCCCCGAUAUGACAUCCCACCGGCGAAUCUCCCAGAUAUGACAUCCCACCGGCGAAAUUGUAAAUCGGCAGUGUGAUGGCAUAUCUGGGAGAUUAGUCACCCGCAACAAUUCAGUGAUCCCUUGAGUGCCCAAUGGGGCAUGAAUUCUGGAGGAAAAGGUGCAUUGUGGUGGAAAAAAUGGCCAUUGCAUUGAGAAAGUGCACUUUGAUCAUUGUGUCAGGGUAAAUUAAUGCACCCUAUUAGGUUCUUUACAACACCCACAAAAGAAAUCCGUUAUCUUAAUUAAUGUAGUCUCCUUAGGUUUGUGUUUUGCCUUCAGUUUGAUGAUAUGACACAAUCAAAUUAAACAGGCCUGUUUUUUUUUUUUUUAAACAUAUGCACAGACAAUAACUGUUUAAAGCAACUGCAGAGCAUAGCUGUUGAACUGUGGCAACAAUAUAUGCUUGGUGGUGGGAGUUGAGAGGUGUUGGAGGCUUAUACAACAGCUUCUGGACAGAUGGAUAUUUUCUGUUUACAUUGUGUACAUGUAUGUAAUAUGUAUACAUUUAUAUAUAAAUAUAUAAUCUCCGGAUGGGCUCAGUCACAGCUUUAGUCUGGACCGGGUGGGUGGGGAUAUUUUUUAUAACUAUACAUAUGUAAGAAAUCUACCUCAGGGAUAUCAGACUGUUAAUAUUGCCUGCCGUGUAUACAUCAGGCUGUAUAGAUACAUCCAGCAAAUGCUGAACUCAGGGAAGCUGUCCGGAUAUCUGCACAUAAAUCUUGUUAUUUCUGACUUUUAGAGACUUUUUUUUUUUUUUUUAAAUUACCAAUAAAAUCCUUUUGAUCUACAA